GGACGAGGAAGAUUGUGUUUUUCUCACAGAGUGAUUAAAACAUCUGUUGGUUUUGAGUGUUUCACCAGAGAAAGCGGAAUUAGACGUGUAUGACAGGAUGUUUCAAAUGAGACAAUGCGUUACUGUCAUUAUCCUUGUUGGAGCAGUAAAGUCACAAGUCAACCCAGCUGUAUGUAGGUACCCACUGGGGAUGACGGGUGGCCAAAUUCAAGAUGAAGAUAUAUCUGCUUCCAGCCAAUGGUCAGAGUCCACUGCAGCUAGAUAUGGCAGACUGGACUUUGAUGACGGAGAUGGGGCAUGGUGUCCAGACGUAAUGGCUGAACCGAACAGUCUAAAGGAGUUCUUGCAAAUUGACCUUCGCACUCUCCAUUUUGUAACUCUUGUUGGCACGCAGGGACGCCAUGCAGAUGGAGUGGGCAAUGAAUUCGCCCAGCGCUACAAGAUCAAGUACAGCCGAGAUGGCACCCGCUGGAUAUCCUGGCGUGACCGACAGGGUCGACAGAUUAUUGAGGGGAACAAGAACGCUUACGAUGUCGUGCUGAAGGACUUGGAGCCGCCCAUUAUUGCUCAAUUUGUGCGUUUUAUGCCCUUGACUGACCCCUCUAUGACUGUGUGCAUGAGGGUGGAGCUCUAUGGCUGUGAAUGGCUAGAUGGUCUUGUGUCCUACAGUGCCCCUGCUGGUCAACAGAUGACUUUGAAAGGCCAACAGAUUUACUUAAACGACACUGUGUAUGAUGGAGCCAUUAGUUACAGCAUGACAGAAGGCCUUGGACAGCUUACUGAUGGAAACUGUGGUCUGGAUGACUUCACUAAAAGUCAGGUGUAUAACGUCUGGCCUGGCUAUGACUAUGUAGGUUGGACUAAUGCUACUUUCUCUAGUGGCUCAGUGGAGAUGACAUUUGAAUUCGAUCGGGUCAGAAAUUUUACAUCAAUGAAGAUCCACUGCAACAACAUGUACACGUGGGGGGUGAGAAUAUUCCGACAAGCUGUUUGUUACUUUCGUUCGGAGUCAGACUGGGAGCCCAAUCCUGUGUCUUUCCAGUCAAAGACAGACAACAUCAGUCCGAGUGCUCGGUUUGUCACGGUUGCCCUUGGCAACCGCAUGGCCAGCGCAAUCAGGUGCCGUUUUGCAUUCAACGACAUCUGGAUGAUGUUCAGUGAAAUUGCUUUCCAGUCAGACACAGCAGUGUAUAAUACCUCUCUUGUUCCACGUAAACGUAACCAAACUCCAGGUAUUUACCCAGUGGAUGACCCCACCCACAAAAUCGAUGACAGCAACACCCGAAUCCUGAUAGGCUGUUUGGUGGCCAUUAUUGUUAUUCUGCUGGCCAUCAUAAUAAUCAUAUUGUGGCGACAGGUCUGGCAGAAAAUGAUUGAAAAGGCCUCACGGAGGAUGCUGGAUGAUGAGCUUACAGUCAGUCUUUCUGUUCAGAGAGUAGCUUUUAGUCGCCGUCAUUCCUCUCUAUCUAGUGAUGUCGAAUCCAACUCCACAUACGAGCGGAUUUUCCCCAUGGGCACUGACUAUCAGGAGCCAUCACAACUUCUACGAAAACUUCCAGAGUUCCAGGCUACAGAAAACCUUGCAAUGGUUGAUGCCUCUUCAGACACUUCCACGACCCCCCCUACAGAUGAAAUCCCACACUAUGCAGAGGCAGACAUAGUAAGUCAGGUGGAAGUUGCCGGUGCCCACAGUUACCGCGUCACUGUGGUCAACAUGCCGUUGUCUCCAGGAAGAGAUGGAGCGCUAGAAGAGUUUCCAAGAGAGAGGCUGGCUUUCAAAGAGAAACUUGGAGAAGGGCAAUUCGGGGAGGUUCAUCUGUGUGAAGCUGAGGGAAUGCAGGAAUUCAUAAAUGACCAUUGUGGCGACAUCAGUGAUGAGCCUAUGCUCGUAGCAGUCAAGACCUUAAGAGAAGACGCGAACAAAAACGCAAGGAACGACUUCUUGAAAGAGAUCAGGAUCAUGUCACGGUUAAGAGACCCGAACAUCAUCCGGCUGCUGGCAGUGUGCGUUGAGAGCGACCCACUGUGCAUGAUAACAGAGUACAUGGAGAAUGGAGACCUCAACCAGUUCCUGUCCCGCCAUGAGCUGCAGGAGGAAGGAGUUCAGGCUGGUGAAACAGCUACCAUCAGCUACAAUAACCUGAUCGACAUGGCCUCUCAGAUUGCUUCUGGAAUGAAGUAUCUGUCAUCCCUUAAUUUUGUUCACCGCGAUCUCGCUACUCGCAACUGUCUAGUGGGCACAAACAAUACCAUCAAGAUCGCCGACUUUGGCAUGAGCAGGAACUUGUAUCGUGGAGAUUAUUACCGCAUCCAGGGACGAGCUGUCCUGCCUAUCCGCUGGAUGUCCUGGGAGAGUAUCCUACUGGGUAAGUUCACCAUGGCCAGUGAUGUAUGGGCAUCCGGUGUGACCCUGUGGGAGAUUCUUACCCUAUGCAACGAGCAGCCGUAUGCCCAGUUCACAGAUGAACAGGUGAUUGAAAACACAGGCGAGUUUUUCAGAGACCAAAACAAACAGGUCUAUCUGCCAAAGCCUGCUUGCUGUCCGGAUUCAGUCUACAGCCUGAUGCUCAACUGCUGGAAAAGAAAUGCUAAAGAAAGACCCACAUUCCUGGAGAUCCACAACACCCUGAAGGAAAACUACAUCUAACCGAUAGAUUCUAACACCAUGCUGCUUUUCAGAGCAACACCUCCAUACAUACACUCUUAUGAAAAAGUAAAUAUGUGUGCCGAUGUCCAUAUAAUUACACUAG